AUGCCAGCAAUGCCAGCACGACCAGCAAUCCUAGACCCGUGUCUCAUUCGCAUCGUCUGCCCAUUGAAACAGCGGUCAAGGCGUCUUCUUGCAACUGCUACGCAUCAAUUGCCCAGAAACCAACCAUGGUCCCAUCCGCCCGCAUCUACCAGCAUCGACAAUGAUCAAGUAGCCCGCCUGGCUUCUCGACCGUUACAUCCUUUGACAUUGGCAGAUCUCGUCCAACAUGGCCGUCCCCCACUCUCCGCAUCCACUCUGUUCACCUCCGCGAACUUCACCCUCUCUCUGCUGCCUAUCCGCCUCGCCCACCGGAUCCAAGCCCUCCGCAACCUCCCCUUCAUCGUCGUCUCGAACCCGCACAUCUCCCGCAUCUACAAUAACUAUGUCCACUCCCUCUCCACUUUGCUCCCCUACCAAGAGCGGCAAAUCAACACGCUCGAGGAUGAGAUCCAAUUCACGGAAGUGAUGGCAGAUUUGGUGCAGACACAUGCGGAUACCAUACCCAUACUGGCCCGUGGGUUCCUGGAGUGUAGGAAAUACAUCAGCCCGGGGGAUGUGACCAGGUUCCUGGAUGAGCAUCUGAGGGCCAGGAUCGGGACGCGACUGAUUGCUGAGCAGCAUAUUGCGCUCCAUCUCUCCUCCCAACCACACUGUACCCACAACGAUCAACAUGCCCAAGACGGCUCAUCGACCUCCAUCGGCGUAAUCGACACAGCGCUUCGCCCCGCCGAAAUCAUCCGCCAGUGCGAAUCCUUCGUCUCGGAGAUCUGUGAGCUGAAGUACGGCGUACGCCCCACGGUCAUCAUCAACGGCCAGCCAGACACCAGACUCGCCCAUGUACCCACACACCUCGAGUACAUCCUCACGGAGCUCCUCAAGAAUGCGUUCCGAGCCACGGUCGAAAGCGGCAAGGAACGUGACCCGAUUGAAGUCACGAUAGCAGCCGCGCCGGACCCAUCACCCUCGCCGCCUGAGUCCAUACACCUGGAUCCCUCGCGAGCGGAUCCCACAACCUCCAACACACCGCCGGGCGUCACGAUCCGCAUCCGUGACCACGGGGGUGGCAUAUCGCCCGAGAACCUCGACGACAUCUGGGCCUACAGCUUCACGACCUUUGGCGAUGAGGAACUGCUCGACCUCGGCAACGGCAACGCGGACGCUCUCAACGCCAUAUCCGGCGCGGGUGGCGACUCGAGCAGCCUCGCCGGUCUGGGCUACGGUCUACCGCUCGGCAGGGCGUAUGCCGAGCACUUCGGCGGCAGCAUCAUGGUGCAGAGCCUCUGGGGGUGGGGGACGGAUGUCUACCUCAAGCUCCGGGGGUUGGGAAAGAUAUAG